UGCUCGUUGUGUGACACACACUUGUUGCUUGGACGCUUGACUGUUGUGUGUACUAAUACGCAGUUACAACUCAAGUUUUUUUUUUAUAUUAUUAAUUUUGGUUAUACGUAUAUAAGUUCAUUUCAAAAAGUGUUUAGAAUUGUUUAUAAUUAUAAGAAGAAUAAAUAAACUUAGAUUCAGUUUAAUUAAAACCUUGUGUUCCAACUUUCUUCAUAAUCCCAACAGGUUAUCGGACCAGUACACGCUUCCACUGCGUACGUGAUUUAUUUAUUAAAAAUAAAAUUGGGUGAAGUGUUUGAUCACAAGAUGUCAGAGUCAGAAAUAAAGACUCCACUGGUUGAUUAUGACAGUGAGGGAAGUUUUGAAAGGAUUGAAGAUCUCGAAGAUGUUGAACAAGAUCUUGAAGAUGUUGAACAGAAUCCUGAAAAUGUUGAACAAGAACCAGCAUUAAAAAUUAAGACUGAGAAAAAUGUGGACACUCUUCACAGUCUGUCACAGUUUCGCAAAGGAUUGAUUCAAAAAGCAGAGAAGGUAAUCCAGAGUCAUCAACAACAACCGAUAAUAAUAAGGAGGUAAAGGUGUCAUCCAAAAGGAUGAAAAACUUCUCAACUCCUGUUAAACCAGACCAGUCGAUGAAUACAGAUGAUGGUAAGAAUGACGGUAAAGAUGAUGGUUCAGAUGAUGAUUUUAAAGACAAGAGUGAUCAAACCAAGAUUAAGAUUAGAUACAGUGAAAAGAUGUUAAUGCUUGGUAAUAAGGAUUUAGAAAAUAUGAAGAGGUUGAUGUUGGAGUCAAACAAGCAGACUCAAGAGAUGGCAACAACAAUUGGAAGAACAGCUAGGAGACUCGAGGAAGUCUCUAACGCAAUGUUAGAUGCCCUAAAGGUGAUGACAAAAGGGUAUAAAGCAGAGUUAGAUCGCGAAAAGACUAAAGCAGAAGCAGCUAAGUUAGAAGCAGAAAAGAAGACCGGAGACGGAGAGGAUACUGUCAAAGCACAGACAGCAAAAUUUGACAGUAAGACAAAAUGUUUCAGAUGUGCUAAGACUGGACAUAGAAUCGAGGACUGUACAUUGGCAAAAGAUUUGUGGUUUUGCUAUUUCUGUCAAGAUUUUAGACAUCACAAGGGUAAAGAUUGCGACGAGGGAAGACUCAAAAGUAAGAUUUUAAAUAAUGAUAAUAUCAAAUCUAGAGGUAAAGUAGAUAGACGAGGUUUUAUUAAAGUUAGAAAUAAUGUGAAUUCUAAGCCAUAUAAUAAUGAUAGACGUUUUAAGAAUUAUAAUAAGAAUAAUCAGCACUCAGCUCAAAAUGCACCUAAACAAGAAAGUAGAAGUGCAAAAAGAGUGACUGAUGAAAGACAAGGUAAGAAAUCAUUAAAUGAAGAUUUAAUAGAUGAGAUUAAAUUUAUUGCGGAUUCAGGAGCAACAGAUCACAUAGUAAAAAAUCGAUUGAUAUUAAGAAAUUUUGAAAAAUGUGAAAAUAAAGUAAUUAAGAGUGCCAAUAAGAAUAAAUCGGCUGAUAUUUUAAUAGAUGGAAAAGGUGAUCUUUUGCUCUACACGAAUCAAGAUAACAAAAUAAUUAAAUUAUCAAAUGUUAUUAGUGCUAAAGAUGUAUCAGAUAAUUUAUUAUCAUUAAGAAAAUUAGUAGAUAAAGGAUUUAAGAUUUAUUUAGAUGAUAAGACUUUGAGAGUAUUUAGUGAAAAUUUAGAAGAAAUAAUACUAGAAGGAAUAUAUGAACAACCCAACUGGAUCUUGAACUACAAAGUUAAGAAUUACAUCGACGAUGAAAACAAAUUAGAUUGGGAAUACAACGCUUAUCGGUGUAAAGCUGUAAUGAUUCAAGAAGAUGAUACCAAUGAAUCAGAAGUAGAUUUACAAAGGAAGGAGGGAGAUUCAGAAAACGAAGAGGCCAAGGAUUCUUCAAUUAGGAGGGAGGAAGAAGUUACAACACCUCCAGAAAUAGAACAACAUCCUGAAAAUCCAAAUGAUGACAUGUUUAAUUGGGAUUCUAGUUUAAUAACUAGAAAUACAAUUAAGCUAGAUGACAUCGAGAGCAUUAAGAAUUUAGAAGAGCUAUUCACAUCAAAUCCAUUAGAGCAAGGGACAACAGAGUCAAGUAAAACAAAUGAAGCUAUGUUAUGGCAUGUAAGACUUGGUCAUGCUUCAUUAAAUUAUCUCAAGAAGUUACAGAAGGUAUACAGUAAAUUAGAAAAAGUUAGAUUUGAUGAUUCAGUUCUAGAUUGUGAAAUAUGUAUUAUGUCAAAGAUGCAAAAACUACCAUUUAAAGAAGUUAGACGACGAGCAUCAAGACCAUUACAAAUAAUCCAUACGGACACGAUGGGUCCAAUAAAACCAACUUCGCACCCAGGACACAAAAGAUUUAUUAAUGUGUAUAUAGAUGAUUACUCCAGAUUAGCUAGAGCAUAUGCAGUAAAGACUAAAGAUGAAUCAGGAGAAACAUUAGAAAAAUUUCUUAUAUCUACAAGAAAUUUACUUGGCAAAGAUGAAAAAGUAUGCUACGUUAGAUCGGAUCAAGGAACAGAAUUCACUGGUGGAAAAUUUCUAGAGGUUUUAAGAAAAGAAAAGAUAGAAUUAGAAUUAACACCGCCUUAUACCCCUGAACACAAUGGAGUCUCUGAAAGAUUCAACGCUACGUUGCAGAGAAAAGUCAGAACCUAUAUGUUAGAUUCUGGUUUACCCAAGAGUAUGUGGGAGUUAGCAGUAGAUGCAGCUGUACACUCAUACAAUAGAACACCACAUAAAUCUAUAGAUUAUGAUCACAAGUUCAGCGAGAGAGCAAUCAAAGCAGUUAUGGUGGGAUAUAAACUCACAGGAUACUUGUUAUGGCACCCAAGUACUGUAAAAUUUCUAGAGUCACGACAUGUUAGAUUCAAUGAAAAAUUAGUGUACAAAGAUGUAUAUAAGAAUAAACAAACAGAAGAGACUGAAGAUGAAAUUAGUUGGAAGUCAGAUGAAAAUGUACCAAAUAAUUUAGAAGACACAAAUAACGAAGAAAAGAAGGAACCGGAACAAAGAAAAAGAGGAAGACCCCGUAAAAAUCCACUAGAUGUUAAAAACUUAACUGAAAAGAAGAAUUCAUCAGAAGAAAUUAGACCAUGUACUAGAGAACCUAUCAAUUAUGAUGAGGCAAGCAACUCAAAUGAAAGAUGUCAAUGGAUGAAGGCUAUCAAAGAUGAAUUGGACUCAAUAACUAAAAAUGACGUCUGGAAAUUCGUAGAUUUGGAAGAAGCAAGUAAAACUGGAGGAAAAUUAAAUAUCAUUGAUUCAAGAUGGGUAUUUAAAAAGAAAGUAGAAGUAAAUAAAGAUGUUCUUUAUAAAGCACGACUAGUAUGUCGAGGUUUUAAAGAUAAGAAUGAGUAUGAUUUAAAAGAUACAUAUUCACCAGUAUCUAGACUAUCAAUUAUACGAGCAUUACUUUCAAUAGUAAAUAAAUAUGAUCUAGAAAUUUGUCAAUAUGAUGUGAAAACGGCAUUCCUCUAUGGAAAUUUAGAUGAAAAAAUUUAUAUGAAGAUACCAGAAGGUCUAGAUGUAGAUGAAAAGACAAAACAAACAAAGAUACUUAAAUUAAAGAAAUCUUUGUAUGGAUUAAAACUGCUAGCAAUGAUCCAAAGAAGUUAG